UCUGAUGUGUGUGCUAAAAGCAGAGCCAUGUUCCCAGUGAUAAGACAGCAGCUAGCAGAUUUAGCAGCUAAGAUCCCCAAGGAUGAAUAUUACAGAUACCAUGACCACUGGAGGUUUGUGAGUCAAAGACUUGUCUUUAUUAUAGCAUAUAUCCAUUACUUGGAACAGGAGACACUUGUUACCAGAGAGGAGGUAGCCAGUGUAUUACAAGUGAAAGUUAUCAGAGGAGAAGGGUUCCAUAUUGAUUUGGAUGACUUCUUGAUGGGACUAUUGCAGCUGGCAAGUGAACUGUCCCGCCUUGCUGUCAACUCUGUUACUGCUGGAGAUUAUGGCCGUCCUAUGAGAAUUGCCAAAUUUGUCGGAGAAUUGGACUCCGGAUUCAGACUGUUAAAUCUUAAAAAUGACUCCCUACGUAAAAGGUUUGAUGCCCUCAAAUAUGAUCUGAAGAAAGUGGAGGAAGUUGUAUAUGAUGUUACUAUCAGAGGUCUUAGACCUGUUGAAGAUAAAGACCAGGCAAAAGGCGAAGGUCAGACUUAAAUGUCGUCAAGGUCAGGUUUUGGGGUCAAUAUAAAAACAAAAUUGUGUAAGGUCAGGUAAUAUGAGAAAACAGCUGAUAUGGUUUAUGACAUUCUAGGUUGGAUGACUCUCCACUGUUGUAACACUGGAAAUUAUGGUGAAGUUUCUCAAAAAUGAUGAACUUCAGUUCUUCUUCCUCCUCAUUCUAUUAACUUCUUUUCUAUAUUUUUAGCAACAGUAAAGAAAAUAUUAUGAAUAUUUCUGAGCAUUCACAUUUGUAGAUUAAUAUUAUGAAGUGUAUAGGGGCUUCUGCUGACAACUUUUAACCUACAGCU